AUGGCCACAGAUGCUGCAGAUGCUGAGCCCGCAGAGCUCAAGUGGUCCGCGCAGUACACCCUCGCCCACAACACUCGCACCACCCAGCUGCCCGGCGACAAGAUCCUGCUGCCUCCGUCCGCCCUGGAACAGCUUCUUGCCGCAGCUCCCGUCGUCACUUUCGAUUCAAACCGCCCCCACAUCACUUCCUUCGACCCUUUCAAUCCAUACACCCACGCAGCCGAGCGCCAGGCCCGCGCCCACUUUCAGGACCGCCACCAGCAGCUACCGCACCCGCUCACCUUUCGACUCGUCAACCCAGACAAUGGCCGCGCUGUGCACGCAGGCAUACGCGAGUUCUCCGCCGACGAAGGGGAGAUUGUCCUCAGCUCUUUCAUAAGAGAUGCCUUGGGUAUCGAGCCAGGUUCCGUCGAUUCUUCGAGAGGUGCAAGUCCAAACACGCAAAACGGCGUCGACGAGGCUAUGGGCAACCGCGAGGCUGUCAAUGCCGCCACAUCCACCAACAUCACAGUACAUGCCAAGCAACUCCCCAAAGGCACCUUCGUCAAGCUACGCCCACUCGAGGCUGGCUACGACCCCGAAGAUUGGAAGUCACUUCUCGAAGAGCAUCUGCGCUCCAACUUCACUACCCUAACCAACCGCGAGGUCCUUGUUGUAUACGGCGGUCGAGGGUUGGGUGGCAAGCGUGAAGAAUACCGCUUUCUCGUUGAUGGCUUCAAACCAGAAGGCGACGGCAUAUGCGUGGUCGACACAGAUCUCGAGGUCGACAUUGAGGCCUUGAACGAAGAGCAAGCACGAGAGACGCUGAAGAGUAUUGUCGCCAAGAGGCAGAAAGCCCCAGGGACCACCGAGGGCAGUUCUACGGGAGGCGCACUCGAUAUCUUCAGAGGCAAGCAUGGGCAGGUCCUCGAUGGCGAAUACGUCGAUUUUGAGCUGGGCUCGUGGGACAGAACGCAAGGGCUCGACAUAACCCUCAGUGGUGUAGACGAUGAUAAGGAGCUUGACCUAUACGUAAGCCCACACUCGGCACAACAGCGUGUCCGACCCCGAGAAGACGAGCAUGUUUUCGCCGACACAUCGAGCCACUAUCCGAAAAGCAUACGAAUACAGCCCACCAACGCAGAGCUCGACGGAGCAGAAGCUAUUUGGAUCUCCGUACGCGCAUAUCCCUCAGAGUCCUCGUCGAACACCCCAAAACCAUUCCACUUGAGAGUUUCAAUCUUUGACCCUACGUCGAAAGUCGCAGCAGAUGAAGAUGCAAAUAAUUCAACAGCACACGGCCCAGAUGAAGUGCAGUGCAAAAACUGCACUCAAUGGGUGCCCAAGGCCUCGCUCUUUCUGCAUGAGAACUUCUGCUUGCGAAACAACAUCCUCUGCCCGCAAGGAUGUGGGCAAGUCUUUCAGAAGCGCUCUCCCGCAUUCCAGGGCCACUGGCAUUGCCCCCACGAUACCUUCACCGGCAACACGUCCCUUAGCCGUCAGAAGCACGACGCCAUCUACCACACAGCCCAAAACUGCACCUCCUGUGGUCUCGACUUCCCCUCUCUCCCCACUCUCGCACACCACAAAACCACCACCUGCCCUGGCAAGCUCAUCCUCUGCCGUUUCUGCCACCUCCAGGUCCCGCAGGAAGGCGACCCGACCGAGCCUCCAAACCCCGAACUCCUCCUCUCAGGCCUCACACCGCACGAACUUGCCGACGGCGGCCGCACGACAGAAUGUCACCUAUGCAACAAGAUCGUUCGCUUUAGAGACAUGGAAACGCAUCUCCGCCACCACGACCUCGAGCGCCUUUCUCGCCCCGCCCCGCGCCUAUGCCGCAAUGAGAACUGCGGACGCACGCAGGACGGCGCAAGCAAGACCGGUGACACGCGUGCAGGCACGCGCAAGGGCCAAGGACCGGGCAACGAAAUCGGGCUCUGCAGUGUGUGCUUUGGCCCGCUAUACGUCUCCUUGCACGAUCCAGAGGGAAAAGCUCUACGUCGCCGCAUCGAGCGACGCUACCUCAGCCAGCUGCUCACCGGGUGCGGCAAGCCGUGGUGCCGCAACGCCUUCUGUCGCGCUGGCAGGAAGAAUCUCGGCCAGCCCGAUCAGUCGGUGCCUACGCGCGAGGCGAUUCCCAUGGUUAAGCCGUUCCUCGAGGGCAUGGACGGGAGGGGGUAUACCACGCCGCUGCACUUCUGCGUCGACGAGGCGAGCCAGAAGCGCCGCACGCUGGCGGACAUGCUGACGGCUGAAAGUGGCGUGGAAGGGAAGGGAGGCUAUGCCAUGGAAUGGUGCGUCGCUGCGCUUGAAGCAGAGGGCGGAGACUUGGACAAGGCAAGGGCGUGGCUGAAGGGCUGGGCACCCCAGCGGACCGAAGCCCAAUGA